AUGUCUCUGUUCAAUGGCAGGCUUCUUCGCCGAACAGAAGAAGAUCUGAGGAAGAUGCUGUCUCUUGUCAUCGCAGAGGCUGAGAAAGACAACAACAUCUGUCUUUUUGUUGGUGGACUCGAUGAGUUCUCCGGAGAAUCAAAAACGCUCAUGGAGUUAUUCCAAGAUAUCAUAUCUUACCCAAAAGUCAAACUCUGCGUCUCCAGCCGUCCCUGGCUUGUAUUUGAAGACGCAUUUCGGCAUCAACCCAGUCUCAAGCUUGAAGACCUGACGUACAAUGAUAUCCUGGCAUUCGUCACCGAAAGGCUUGAAGGCAAUGAAGGCUUUCAGCGUCUGACAGUCCGGGAACCCCUUUACGCAAGCGGAUUGAUUGAAAAUAUAGUACGGAAAUCCUCGGGUGUUUCCCUUUGGGUCAAUCUCGUUGUCCAGUCGCUCAUUGCCGGCCUGCAACACGACGACAGGAUUGUUGACAUACAGAAAUGGCUCGAUCUUCUGCCGGCAGAUUUGGAAAAGCUGUAUAGCGCCAUUCUUGAGUCUCUGGAUCCGUUUUAUUUUCAACAUGCGGCUGAGUAUUUCCGUCUCAUGGAGGCCUUUGAUGAGCCCCCUCCUGCUUUGAUCUUCUCCUUCGCCGAUGAAGAUGUCACAUAUCCCAUCAAUCUGCCCCUUAAGCAGUUGACGAGCGACGAAAUCCAAGUUCGGAUUGAGACGAUCAGACGCAGAAUCAACAGCAGGUGCAAAGGACUUCUUGAGGUUGCAGGGACCAAAUCUUCGACGCAGUCUGUACAGUAUCUCCACAAAACUGUCAAAGAUUACAUCGGCAAACCAGCGAUCAGUGCGAAAAUCGAAGGGAUCUUCAAAAUGCUUCUGUUGGUUUCACUAGGGUGGUGA